AUGAAUGCUACUGGGAAUAACACGUUUGUGAUACCUUUCCAUCAUCGAGCGACUGUGGCAUCAAUAUUGAUUGCCUUGACGGUAAUAGGAAUCUGUGGCAAUGGUCUCGUCAUCGUAUCCGUGAUCGUCACCAAGAAACUUCGUACGGUAACCAACAUCCUGGUAGUCAACCUCGCAUUCGCCGACCUUGCCACUUGCUUGAUCCAACCUUUCUUGAGUUUGGGUCUCCUUAGUAAAGCAGGACGUUACCCUCUUCAUGAAGAAGUUUGCGCCGCUGUUGCAGGAGCCAUGUUCACCUGUAUCUGUUGCAGCGCUUCUACUCUUUUCGCUAUUGCUGUUUUACGCUGGUAUGUCAUUACCAGAUCAGUGCAUGGACACCGGGGAAUUCAUGCUCCAAGGAAAGUAGUCCUACUAGUGAUAAUCAUCUGGAUAUAUUCGCUCACCUUUAUCGUCUUACCCACUGUACUAGGAGUCAGGGCACUUGGAUACUCCAAAUACUACAGAUUAUGCCUUUUGGUAGAUUCGAACCUUUUCUAUAUCUAUAGUCAGGGAUCUUCAUUUGUGAUUGGCUUUAUACUAAUAGUAUUAUUCUACAUUCUUAUUCUGCGUCAUGUCUUGCGUCACAAUAGGCAGAUCCGAAACGUCAUUGGCGUUGUUGAUGGCGGUCGAUCAUUUAAGACGGAUGAUUGUGCAACGUCUUCUGUAUCUCGAGAAGGUCGACCACUGAAGAUCAAAGGCAUCAAUAAAAUGGAGAUCGAGAUCACCAAGAAUCUUUUCAUCGUGGUCUGUGUUAUUGUGAUCUGUUUUCUGACACACAUCGUUAACUUAAUCAUCCCUGGUCAAAGCAUAGCCACACUUUACAGCUACAUGAUCUUGUUGACGAAUAGCGUUGUCAAUCCCAUUAUCUAUGGUCUGAAACAUCCUAACUUUCAAGAGGCCUUUAAGAGCAUCCUUUGCCGCCGUCAACUGAAGCAUGAUGUCAAGACCUGA